GUGUGGCUCGUUUUCUGCAGCAAACUUUUUAGCUUCUCUGUUGUUUUUACUUUCUACUUCUUUGGCGUUUUCAUCUUAAUGGCCUCCAUCAGAGCUACCACUAUCCUUAAUAUCACACAUCUUGAUUUUGUCUUGUCAGAGUUGGAGCGCCUCGAUUUUUCUGAGGCCAAAUGGGAGAAAUUUGGUCUUAAAUGCGGCCUUUAUAAAGGCAGAUUGGAAACAUUAGAGGCUGAUUAUCCCAAAGAUGCCAGCAAAUGUUUCAGAGAGUGCAUUAGUCGCUGGCUGAGGAGAGAAGAUGGUGUUGAUGAAAAAGGAGAACCAACUUUAGAAAGACUAGCUGAUAUAGUGGAAGAGACUGGAGACAAAUCUACAGCAGAGAAAAUCAGGAUCUGGAAUGAAAUUGUUACACCAGCAAAGGACCUGGAGUUUCACCAAGUUACACAGCCUACUGGUAUGUCUACUACUCCUGCACAAAGUUCUACAUCAUUAUGGUGGAUCGUGUUACCGGUAUCAAUACUUGUAGUGUUAAUUAUAGUAGCAAUGUACAUUCCAUACAUGUACUAUGCACCACCAUGUAGCGUCUUGGAUCCUACACCAAUUGAUGAAUAUGCAUCAAAAUUACGUGAAACAUAUGACAGAACUCUGACGAGGUAUAAGGAUCCAGAUAUUAAUAAAUAUCCAGCUGCUGGUCCAACAGCUCCUGUUGAUGAUGUUCCUUUUAUACCUUUAAAAUUAAUCAGAUUAAAAAGCUACCAGAAGAAAGCAGAUGCAGAAUUUUUACAUAGUGUUAAUAAAGAAAUCCUGAAGCAUGAUAAUUUUGAAAAAAUAGAAAUUGACAGUCUUUUCAAACCACUACCAAAUAAGCAAUUACGAUUUGUAUUAAUUACUGGAGAGCCUGGCAUAGGAAAGAGCACAUUAGCUAAAGAACUAACAUUGCGAUGGGUUAGACAAACUGAUGAAUUAUUAAACAAAAAUUAUAAAAUUGUUAUUCUGAUUCUAUUACGCCUUAAAACUUAUCAAAAAGCUGAAAAUAUUGAAGACCUUCUUAUUAAUGUUGAAGAUACUAAUAUGACUGAAGUAAUGUUAUCAAUCAGUAAAACAAGAGGAGCAGAAGUUCUUUGGAUAUUAGAUGGUUUUGAUGAGCUUCCACAUCAACCGAGAACCAAUUCAGUCUCAAUAUUCUUGCAACUUAUAAAAGGAGACAUUCUUCCCAAGUCAACAGUGAUAGUUACAAGCAGACAUGCUGCUACUGAGCCUUUGCUAAUCUUUUUAGAAAAUGAUUCAAAACAUUUUGCUCUUAGAGGCUUUAGUCCAAAUGAAAUCUUAAAAUAUGCUUCUACAUAUUUUAAAAAUGGUACAAUAGUUUCUGAGUUUCAUUCUUAUUACAGUGGUAAUACUGUGAUUGAGAAUAUGCUGUACAAUCCAAUGAACUGCUACAUAAUGUGUAAAGUAUUCACUGACUUUAUACAUACUAAGAAUAAUAAGUAUCCAAUAACAAUGACAGGGAUUUAUAAUCAGUAUGUACGUGCAUUACUCAAGCGGCACCUCAUUGAUGCUAAAGUAAUUGAUAUAAACUAUGAAAUGCCUCCAUAUUUAGUACAAAUUAAUAACUUUAAUACUUCAGUAUUAAGUGACAUUUGGAAACAUUUCCGUUAUCUUUCUAAAGUAGCUUUUAAUGGUGUAACAAAACCAAAAUAUAUCUUUGGAAAGGAACUUCAUGACAUCCCAAAAUUGAGUAUGAUGGACACUGUCACUAGCUUCACUGGGUUUGAUAAAGAUGAGUCUAGCAGUUUCAUACACACUACACUACAAGAUUAUUUUGCAGCAAUUUAUCUUGUAAACAAUCCACACUUAAUGUUUAAUGAAACUGACAUGAAACAAAACUCAAAUCUUGAGAAUGUUCUUAUUUUUUAUGUUGGAUUAUCAAAGCUUAUUGACAAAGAAAUAGGUGCACUGGAUAUGUUAAGAACCAAUUUUUUUGGUGAGUAUGUGGAGGAUACCAUUUAUAUAGAAAUAAAUAGUUUAAUGCUCAGAUGUCUAUAUGAAAAUAAUCUAAUUCGGCACAAUCAAAACUAUAAUUUAGACUCAGGUUAUCCAUGGGUUAUUGGAAAUGUACCUUUGAAUAAUUUUGAUUACUUUAUUGCUGGGUAUAUUGUUGCCGCUCACAAUAUUACACUCAGAAUUAAAAUAUCACAUUUAACUGAAUCAGCAGCAUUCAAAAAAGGACUUCAAUUCCAGAAAACUUCUGUCAAUGGAAAAAUUAAUAUUUGGUUGCACAAAGAUGCUAUGGCUGAAGUAGAUCUACCAAGUGAUGCAGUAAUAGCAUUAAGUUUAAUGCUUGAACUAGAUGCAUCUUUAAGUUGUGAAAUCAUUUCAAAGUUUCCACUGUUGCAAGAGCUUUAUAUUAUUAUUUUUUAUAAAUUUGACUGUAAUUCAACAAUACUAGAGCAUCCUUUGAUGAAACUCAAUGAAUUGAAAUUUCUGUUUGUAUCAAUCAUGACUUAUAACUAUAACAGCAUUUUAAAAUUACUCAAACAACUUGUUGUUCCUGGACGACCUCUUAAAGACUUAAUUGUAUUGGUACCAAUGAAAAUAAUUAAUGCAUACAAAUAUACAGAGAUUUUAGAUUUAACAGUACAAAGCUCUUUGGAUAAAUUAAGAAUUUAUAUACUCCAAGCAAAAGGUUUAGAAAUUACUUUUAAUAAAAAAAGUAACAGUUUAUUAGUUAAAUAUUUUCAAUUAUUUGUUCAUCACCUGGAUUUAGGAGCCACCCACAAUAUACAGUUGAACUCAUUUACCUCAUUUGUAUACUACAAGGUGAAAGAUGAAAUGAUUUAUCGUCUUGAAAUUACAAUAUACUCAGAACCAGUUACAUCUUCAUUAAAUGAUCUUAUUAGUGCUUUCAUGAACUAUACAUCAAAAAUGAAUACAAAUACAAAUCUAAAUGCAGCUGAUUACAUCAAUUAUGUUAAAAAAUUAAAUGGUCCCAUGUAUGUUAUAGUUUCACCAGCAGAUCCAGUUUCAUAUGAAGCUGGAACAACUACCACAAAGUAUGAACUAUACAGGAAUCUUAAUGAUUUUUUAAGUUAUCUCAUUAUUGAUACUUUGCUGGAUAACAUUCCAUUACCAAUAUCAGUAGAAGUACAUAUGCGUCUAUAUCAUAUAGUAUUAUUUACAAUAAUAAUGGCUUUUAUUUUGCUAUUAUUCUGUAGUUGCUACUCCUUGUGUUUUAUAAGUAGUCCCUGUCAAUUAUUAAUAUUAUCAUUAUUUUCAUCAUUGUUAUCAUUAUUAUUAUUAUCAUCAUUUAUUAUUAUUAUUAUUACUAUCAUAAUUUGAAGUAGUGGGAACCUCAAACUGAACCAGAAUGAUCUGGUAAAGAAGUUGGAAAGUUGUCUAACAGACUAUUAUAUAGUAGCUAGGGGCAGGGUUGAGCAGGGUGAGGGACUAGCAGAUAACAUUAUUUUUGUUAUUAUGUACAUGUACUAUAAUUACUAUUAAUCAUUAUUAUUAUUACUAUUUUGAUCAUCAAUAUUGUUUAUGUGUAUAACAUUUGAUUUCAAGGAGAUUUCAUUAUUUGA